AUGGAGUACUACGCCUUCAUCCACUUCGGCCCCAAUACCUUCACCGAUGAGGAAUGGGGCAGGAGCCAGCAGCCGCCCGACGUCUUCAACCCAACGGCGUUGGACACAGACCAGUGGGCGAAGUCGUUCGCCGACGCGGGAAUGUCGGGCAUGAUCCUCACAGCAAAGCACCACGAUGGAAUGGUGCUUUGGAACAGCUCCACCACCACGUACAAGAUCGCCAACGGCGGCUGGGCCAAAAACCGCACGGCUGCCGGACUAGACGCUGACGUCGUCCGCAUGGCUGCCGUCUCAGCCAAGAAAUACAACCUCAAGUUCGGCGUGUAUUUGUCGCCAUGGGACAUCCACCGCGACCCAGCCAUGCCGAAGCCUUUGCUUAACGGGACCAUCUAUGACGAGCCGCAGAUCUUUGGCGACAACAGCACCGGCGACUACAACGACCUCUACCGUCGCCAGCUGACAGAGCUGGUGACCAUGACCCUACCGGAUGGUAGUCCCGUCUCGCUCUUCGAGAUCUGGCUCGAUGGCGCCAGCGGCUCCAGCACCGUUCAAACGUUCGACUGGGCAGGCUUCCGCGACAUCAUCCGCGAACAUCAGCCAUCAGCCAUCAUGUGGGGACACCAAGGGGUUGACGCCCGCUGGGUGGGCAACGAAGACGGCGUCACGGUGCCCACGAACUGGCACACAAUCAGCCGAACGCAGGACCAGGAGCGUCUCGGCGAGGCGGAGCUACAAACGGGCUUGCGCGACGGGCUGUACUGGACCCCAGCUGAGGCCGACGCCCGAGUCCGGACCGGUUGGUUCUGGCACGCCAAUGAACAGCCCAAAACGGGACAGCAGCUCAUGGAUAUGUACCUGAAGUCCGUGGGGCAAAGCGUGAGCCUUUUGCUUGACGUGCCGCCGGAUACGACGGGACGGAUGACGGAAGAGGAUAACGUUGCCCUGAUGGAGUUCAAGCGUCUUAGAGAAGCCUUCCUGGACCGGAGGUUGGUUACUGCCGACUCGGAAGUCACAGCCAGCAGCGUUCGAGGCGGAGACAACUCCACGUUUGGUCCUCAAAACGUCUUGAGCAACUCGACCGAUACAUACUGGACCAUGAACGACGAGGAGCGCACCGGUUGGGUGGAGAUUGAUCUGGGCUGCAAGUCUCGUGUCGACGCCUUCAUUGUGCAGGAGCAUAUCGCCCUGGGCCAGCGAGUUGGUGGAUACGCAAUCGACUACAUGGUUGAAGACGCCUUCGAGACAGUUGUCAACGGUACGUCUCUCGGCUACAAGCGCAUCGACAGGCUCAACGCCACGAUAGAGACUACGCGCAUUCGAUUCCGGGUCACGCAGGCAAACGCGGUGCCCCUGAUACAGAGUAUUCAAGUGCUUGGCACCAAGACUUCUUAA